UCUCUCCCUGGCCCAGCUUCCUCUCUCCCUCUCUCUCCUUCCUUCCGGAGGCCCAACUGCUCCUUUAACCCAUCUCUCCUUCGGCCCGUGUACCCCUUCACAACGUGGUCAUCUUUCUCCACCCAAAGCACGAGAGAGACGUGCUCCUCUCUCUUCCCCGGUUGAUGUUACGCCAUGGACCACGCCAAGCACGCCCACUCCCCACCUGCUCCCUUUUCCCCUCCCCUUUUAAUCCCUCUCCAAGCCAAGCAAACCCUAGCCCCUCUACUCCUCCCUCGCGCCGCCACCUCCCAUCUCUCCUCUUGUUUCUUCUUCUCUGUGAGCAUCGAAGCACACAUACCAUCGAGCUCGCCAUGGCGCCGCCGCUACCGUCCGCCCCUCGUCGAGCCGUUUGCACCAGGAGAUGCGGCUCGUCGUCCUCGUCAUCCCCGUGGAAGGAAUCGAGCCAAAACUCCGUCAAUCAAGAGCACGGUCGCGGAUUCUCCACCCCGGCUGUCACACUCCGGCGUCGAUUCCGGCGACCUCCGUCACCAUAUCUCCGUUCUGAGCACAGGACGUCGUCGUCUACCCCGGCCACCUCGUCGUCCCUCGUCUCCGGCUACCUCUGCGCCGCUUCCUCCUCUUCAACGGCGACCCCAGGGUGAGCAGCACCCCCUCCCCUCUCCUCUCCCCUGCAUGCCUCAACAUGUCUGCAUCAUCGAACGGGAGGACGAGAUCGUUUUGAAAACAAAAACGAAAACGUGCAGUUUUGAUCUGUUUCACGGUGGCCACUUUCGACGCAGAUCCUCGCCGGCACAAUCCAUUUCAGCACCAGCUUCUUGUUUCUCUAGAUGCACCACAUCACCAGCUAUCUACUGGUUUUUGAAUCACCCAAAACGGAGCAGUAACGGCGUCGUAAUCGUCUUCCCAAGUUCGGUCCAGAAACUGGUUUCAGUUUUCGGUCCAGUGUCGCUGUUUCGCCGUCUCGUUUUCCGGCGAAGCUCACCGGCGUUCCAGACCUCUUCAGCACGAGCCGAUGGCUUCAAUCGAUGCACACCACCACCAGCUCCAUCUUUGUUUUUGGUUCGCGCAAAACCGUGCCCAAUCUUCGACGUGACCGAAACUUUAAAAUCCGUGCAGAUUUGAUGUCUACAGGAAAUCGCUGUUGUUUUCUUCAGUUCGUAGUGUCGAGUUUUCAGUUAAAAUUCAGUUUGCUGCUUCGUCGGUCCGUUUUCCGGCGAGCCUACACGUCGACGCCGUGCACCGUUUCCAACCUCUUUGGUCCCAUUUGAUUCACGGUACUUUCAUCUUUCUCAACUGCUCAAGAACCACGCUGUAGCUUCAACCUUUCGCUCUCCAUCGCCGUCCAAAAACGAGCACAGCAGCGGUCCUGUUCUCAGUUGCAAGUGUCAAAAAUUCAGUUAACUUCCGCUCCACACUUUACCUUGUCUGCAUCUCGUGUAUGUUCAAAUCAGAAACAGUAGCACACUGGCUUUGCUCCUUGCACACCGACCUACACGACUCGGGUUCGAUCCCCGGCGUUUGCUGUUUAAACCACCCCUUUUUGAGCUCUGCCCGCUGGCGCCUACGUGGCAUCGGGACCCUUUGUCAUUAGCUCAGGCUAGCGUCCGCCUGAGUAAUAAAAGCUUUUCCUCUUUCUCUAUUUUCCAGAAAUUUCAGAGAAUGUGUUAUAUCUUGUAUAAUUCAUAUCUUUUAAAUGCUAACUCCAAAUUAAAAGUGUUAUAUAUGAAAAUUGAUCACAAAAACAUGAGGAACAUGAAUAUGCCAUCCAUUCAUCUGUUUG